AUGUUGUUCAGCAGACUUCUCUUUUGCUUUGCAGUAACAGGUUUCGCUUUCGCGCAGCCCGACAGCUCCGGAUUAUUUUACGCACUCCGAUCUGAGCUGUCAGAAGAUGCUAUCUUGGUGGCCAAUAACGGGAUACGCGUGCCUUUCGGGAGGUCGGUGUCCAUCGAUCCCAUCAACGAUCUGGUGAUCCAGACGCAGCCGGGUGACCGCUGCAGCAUCACCGUCCUGGACAAUGAUCCGCUCUCACAGAGACCGGGCCAUCUCUCUCCCAAAAAGUUUCCCUGUGAUUUCGGUCCCAGUGACGUGACGUAUUCCCACUACGGCUCAAGGAGUCCAUCCAAAGACAGAGUGAGGCUGCAGUUGAGGUAUGACGCACAAACCGAAACCGUUAUCAUCCCGUUCAUGAUGGAGGUUGAAGUAGUUUUUACGCAGCUGGAGUUACUUACCAAAAACAUGCCUCUUAUUGUUGACACUCUCAAAGGGAUCAGUAAUCCCAUAGAUAAGAAGGUUUUAGAGUUUACAUAUGACAGAGACUCUUACAAAUGUGAGGUGACGUCCUUGUCCAGCAGCAGCGGUCUGCCCAGAUAUGGAAAACUAAUAGAUGGUGGUAAACUUUCCACAAUGAUGGACUGUGAUGAGUUCAUGCAGGCUGAUAUCCGCUAUGAGCACACGUUUGAUCGCAAGUCCCCCAACAGGGACUAUGUCCCCAUGGUUGUGGAGCUGCAUGAUAAGGAAGGCAACCUAGUCAAGCAGGAGUACUUCCAUCUGAUGAUUCGCAUUAAAAAGGGAGAGGACAACACUGCUCCCAAACCCAGCUUUGUGUCCAUGAUGAUGAUGGAGGUAAGCCAGUUUGUCAUGACUGCCCUCACACCGGAUAUGCUUGCGGCUGAGGAUGCAGAGUCAGACCCAGAAGAACUUAUUUUCAACAUCACUUCACCUCUAUCUUAUGAGGAGGGCUACAUAGUCAGCACAGAUGACAGAAACCUCCCAAUAUCAUCUUUCUACCAGAGAGACUUGCGUGAUCUGAAAAUAGCUUAUGUGCCGCCCUCACUGGACUCAGACACUGAAAGAAUUUUCCAACUUGAGUUUGAGGUGUUAGACACAGAGGGGGCCGUGUCAGUCCCCUUUGCUUUCAUGAUUGUUGUGAAGCCAAUGAACACCCUGGCCCCUGUUGUGACACGUAACACAGGUCAGCUGCUCUAUGAGGGCCAGUCUCGGCCUCUGAUCACUACUCAUAACCUGGAAAUCAGCGAUGAGGACAACCUGGACGCUGUCACGGUCACUGUGGUGGACGGGCUACGGCACGGCGACCUAUUGGUGCUGGGAUCGCAUAAGAAAUUCUUUACAGCCGCAGACCUUACAACAGGAGUUGUUGUGUACCAGCAUGAUGGGAGUGACACAUACAGUGACAAUAUCGUCUUCAAGAUGACAGACGGGAAAAAUGAGGUAGAAUUCCUCUUUCCCAUCACAAUCGUUCCCACUGACGAUGAACCUCCAAUUAUCAAUGCCAACACUGGUCUGACUCUUUUCAAAAAUCAAAUGAUGCCUAUUUCUCCUCUCAUGCUCAGUGCUGCCGAUAUUGACUCUGAGGACUCGACAAUUAAAUUCACCAUUGUUUCCCCUUUUUCCACAAUUGGCACUGUGCUCCUCAGACAGACAGAUGCCCCAGAGGAUCCUUCUUCCUGGAGGUUUAAUGCAGAGGAAGAGGUGUAUGAGAAGGAGGUGAAAGAGUGGCUUCAAAAGGACAUCACAGAUGGAAAGCUGUUUUACAGGCACACGGGCCCUCACAACACGGACACAGUCAUGGAUCAGUUUGUGUUCACAGUUCAGGAUGACAAUGACCCCCCUAAUCUUUCAGGGGAGAGUGUGUUUAUUAUUCGUGUUUUACCUAUCGAUGACGUGCCCCCUGAGUUGUUUCCUGGCACCACCCUGGAGAUGACUGUUGAGGAGUACAAGCUUACUCACUUUAGCAAAGAGGUCCUGCGCUACACUGAUUUGGACUCUGAGGACAGGGACCUGAAGUACACAGUUAUCCAGCCCCCAACCGACACGGAUGAAAAUAACCCGGUUUUGUUCGGUUCUUUGGUUCUGACUGAUAGCCCUGAAACUGAGGUCACAGAGUUCACACAAGCUCAAAUAAACCAUCAUAAGAUUUCCUAUGCCCCCCCAGAUGUUGAGCUGGGAAUCACAGCCCAUGUAGUGCAAUUGCGUUACACCGUUGAAGACACAGCUGGAAACAGUGUGGAAGGGGCUUUCACCAUCUACCUGCAACCGGUCAACAACAAACCUCCCCAGAUUACGAACACCGGCUUCACUGUGUUUGAGCAUGGCAUGCACAUGAUCACCGUAGCUGAGCUGGAUGCCACAGACCUUGACACAGAGAGCGAGCAAAUAACCUUUUCUCUGAGCCAGCUCCCCAAACAUGGCCAGAUUCAGGUUGCAUUCAAUAACCUGGAGAAAAAAGGGGUUUUCAGACUCAAUGAUAUUUCAGAGGGGAAGGUAACUUAUAUUCACAGAGGAGAAGAGUCAGUGAGCGAUGAGUUUCUGCUGGACAUCAGCGAUGGGAUUCACUUUGUUCCUGUGACAGUGAAAGUUAACAUUAAGGCCGUCGACGACGAAGCUCCAACCGUCAGCCUGCCACUGGGAACAAUUGGCUCUCAUAUAGAUGUGCUGGAAAACGGAGCCACGGAAAUCACAACAAACGUGAUUCAAGGCCAUGAUGAUGACACAGAUGAUCUUCAGCUUACAUUUAUUGUAGAAGACCCUCCAGUUUUGGGCGAAAUAUUAGUUAAAGGACUGCCUGCCACUAGGUUUACACAAGCGGAUAUAAUUAAUGGUGUGGUUGUAUAUGCACAUACCAGUGGUGAGAUAGGUCUCACUUCAAAGCUAGAUGGAUUUAAUUUGACUCUGACUGAUAUGUCGGAUGAUUGGACUGUAGGUGGAAAUCAAGUCAGUGGUGUCCAUGUUCGAGUUGCUGUUCUUCCUGUUGACAAUCAGGCUCCUGAGGUUGGAGUUGGGAUUCAAUUCAGUGUAAUUGAAGGAGAAAAAUAUGCCAUUGGCUCUCAGCAUCUGAAUGCUGAUGAUAAUGACACUCCGACGGAUGAUAUACUUUGCACGAUCAUUGUCCAACCCAGCGCUGGCUAUGUGGAAAAUAUAUCCCCUGCCCCAGGCUCUGAAAAAUCAAGGUCGGGAACAGCUAUCAGUGCUUUCACCAUCAGAGACAUCAGGGAGGGAAAUAUCCACUAUGUGCAGAGUAUCCACAAGCGGGUUGAGCCAGUGGAGGAUAGAUUUACAUUUAGGUGUUCUGAUGGCAUCAACUUCUCAGCUAACCAUUUCUUCCCGAUUGUCAUCAUCCCAGCAAAUGAUGAAAAGCCUGAGCUUUACUUGAGGGAAAUAGUUGUGAUGGAGGGGAUGAACGUUGUCAUUGACAUUCCACUUCUAAACGGAGCAGAUGCUGAUAUUCCGACAGAGGAGCUGAUGUUUAUUAUUUCCAAACCGCCAAAACAUGGUGCCAUUCUAAACCAGCUAUCUACAGGGUCAGUUUUGGUGACUAAUUUCACUUUAGACCAGAUUAGAGAAGCCUCAAGUAUUAUUUAUGAGCACGAUGACUCAGAGACAACAGAGGACGGCUUUGAUGUCAUUCUGACAGAUGGAAAGUACUCUGUGCAGAAAACAGCCAUGGUCAUGAUCAUUCCUGUGGAUGACGAGACCCCCAGAAUGAGCAUCAAUGACGGACUGGAGGUGGAAAUUGGAGAGACCAAAGAGAUCAACAAUAAAGUGCUCAAAGCAACUGAUUUAGAUUCCGAUGACAGUAUGUUGACAUAUGUAAUCCGGUUUGGACCUACUCAGGGUCUCCUGCAGAGAAAAACCCCAUCUGGGUCUUUAGAAAACAUCACAGUUGGCAUGAAUUUUACUCAAGCUGAAGUUGAUGCAGGACUCGUUCUUUAUAGUCACGGUGGUCAGGAGGGCAUCCGAGACUUGUUUAAAUUUGAUGUUACAGAUGGAAUUAAUCCACUCAUUGACCGUUACUUCUACAUCACUGUGGGCAGUAUUGACAUGGUUUUUCCAGAUGUUGUGAGUAAAGGUGUGUCUCUGAGAGAAGGUGGCCGGGUGACUUUAACCACAAAUCUACUGAGCACCACCGACCUCAACAGCCCCGAUGAGAACCUGGUCUUCACUGUCACCCGGGCCCCUGUCAGGGGUCACUUGGAGUGUACAGAUAAUCCCGGGAUACCCAUUGUGUCUUUUACUCAACUUCAGCUGGCUGGCAGUAAGAUUUUCUACAUCCACACCUCCGAUGAUGAGGUAAAAAUGGACAGUUUUGAGUUUGAAGUUACUGAUGGCUACAACCCUAUUUUCAGAACUUUUAGAAUCUCUAUUGUGGAUGUUGAUAAUAAGAAACCUGUAGUGACUGUAAACAGCCUUGUUGUCACGGAAGGGCAAGCUAAGCUUAUAACACCAUUUGAGUUAACAGCUGAGGACCAGGACACAGCUGAGAAGUUGAUCAAGUUUACCAUUACCCAGCCACCUGUUCAUGGCAAACUACUCUACAACCAGUCCUCACCGGUCACCAGCUUCACAAAACAAGACCUCAACGAAAACCUUAUCAGUUACAGACAUGAUGGAACUGAAUCAUCUGAGGACUCAUUCACAUUCGCUGUGACUGAUGGCACACACACUGACUUCUAUGUUUUCCCUGACACGGUCUUUGAGACUAGACACCCUCAAACUAUGAAGAUCAUCAUUGUGGCGACUGACAAUGGCGUCCCGCAGAUAGUGGUGAACAAGGGGGCACCAACUUUAAAGGUUUUGGCUACAGGUCACCUGGGGUUCUCCAUCAGCCCCAAAGUUCUGAGGGCAGAGGACAGAGACACUCUGCCAGCCUCCCUGGUGUUCCACAUCACAGCGCAGCCCAAACAUGGCUAUGUCGUUAACCUAAGACAUGGAAACAACUCCAUCGACACAUUCAGUCAAGCUGAUAUAGAUGACCUGAACAUCUGCUAUGUGUUGCGGAAUGAAGAUAAUGCCACAUCAGAUGUUUUCCACUUCUCUGUCGAGGAUAUCGGUAAGAUUUCCCCAUCCCAAAUUCUGCGUUACCCAUCUCCCUGA